AUGAUACCUGCACCAGCGAAAUUGGUCGGCGAUGAUCCGUUGCGUCAGUCCAGUUCUUCACACAUUACCGAACCACAAUUGCCGCAUCGCAACGCAACGCAGGGAUGGGAGGAGGACAGAGUAGAAGAAGCCAAAGUAAGGAACAUUCUGAUGCGGGCGGCGUCAUCUGCCGGCCGGCCGCUGAUCGAUUGGCCCGAAGAAUCACAAAGCUUUGCUGUUUCGAAGGAUUGUGAUUUUAAUGGCGACAGGGAGUGGCUAGCUGUUGCUGACGACGCUCGCCCGAAUAAAAUUUCCCUUCCUGUAGUUGUCGUGGCUUUUUGA